AUGUCUGCCGUUGCCAGCAAGCUCUUCCAGCCUAUUCGCGUUGGCACUGUCCAGCUCGCUCAUCGUGUCGUCCUCGCGCCCAUGACGCGGAACCGCAACACCGAGGACCAUGUCCCGACCAAUCUCAACCUCGAAUACUACACUCAGCGCGCGGCGACUCCUGGCACGCUCUUGAUCACUGAGGCGACCAUCGUUGCUGACAAGGCCACUGGCCAGAAGUUUAUUCCCGGUAUCUGGAAUGACAACCAGAUCCAGGAGUGGAAGAAGAUCGUUGACGCUGUCCAUGCUAAAGGAUCGUUCAUCUACUGUCAGCUCUGGGCGCUUGGCAGGGCGGCCUACCCUGAGGUCAUCGAGGCCAAGGGAUUUGACUACGUCUCUACGUCCGCCAUCGGCCUCAAGGACCGCGCCAAGGCCCCGCGUGCGCUAACCACCGAGGAGGUCAAGGAGUACGUCCAGCUCUUCGGAAAGGCAGCGGACAACGCUGUCAACGGUGCAGGCUUCGAUGGCAUCGAACUUCACGCUGCCAACGGCUAUCUCAUCGACACGUUCCUCCAGGACGUCUCCAACGAGCGCACUGACGAGUACGGCGGAAGCAUCGAGAACCGCAUCCGUUUCGCGGACGAGAUCGUUGACGCCGUCGUCAAGGCUGUUGGUCAGGAGCGUUCCGCCAUUCGCCUGAGUCCCUGGAAUGUCUGGCAGGAGAUGGGUAUGAAGGACCCGGUCCCGACUUUCAAGACUCUCGUCGAGCGCAUCAACUCGAAGUACCCCAACUUUGCCUACAUCCACGUCGUAGAGCCCGACGCGUACGGCGAGGGUAGCGUCGCGGAGGGUGUUGUGCGCUCGAACGACUUCAUCGACGAGAUCCGCCUUCUUAAGCCCGUCAUCCAUGCUUCGGGUUAUGACCGGGCCAGCGCGCUCAAGGCCGCCGAGAAGGAGGGCGUGCUUGUCGGCUUCGCCCGCUCGUUUAUCGGUAACCCUGAUCUGGUAGUGAAGCUCGAGAAGGACACGGAGCUUGUGCAGCCGGACUACACGAAGCUCUUCACGCAGGGCCCGGAGGGUUACAUCGAUUACCCGUCUGCGGAGAAGAUCGCGACUGCUGCAUAG